GGGGCGUGGUGCUGAAAUGGACAGCGCCGGUGACGUCACGCGCGGCCCCUCCGAGUCCAGGGCCCCGCUCAACCACCACCGCUCAACCACCACAGCAACAACAACAACAACGGCAACAGCCAAUGCCGCGACAACAACAACAACAACCACGCACAGCCACAAACACCGACAACAACAACCGCAACCGUCGCCUGCCCCCGCCGCCACCACGACCAGCAACGAGACGAAGCGCGCUGUCAAAUACAGCAGCCGCUGUAGUGCCAUCACUUCUCGACACCAUCUCGCCGCCCUGCAUAACACAGGAGUCCCCGGAGCGCUGGUGGCGCAGGCCGCCAUGCUGAAACGGAAACAAAGUUCACGACUCGAGUCCCAGGCCGUGACCGACUUCGGGCCCGACGAGAACCUCGUGGACAACGCGGACAUCGUGUGGAUUAACAAGCCCUGGGUCCACACGCUUCUCCGCAUCAGCGCCAUCGUGAGCGUCACCUCGGUGUGCAUGAACACGCCGCGCUCCUUCUCCGACUGCCCCUCGCUGCAGGUGGCCACGGCCGCCACCGACACCACGCUGCUGCUCCUCUUCACCGCAGAGAUGAUCGCCAAGAUUCACGUGCGGGGCAUCCUCAGGGGAGAGAACCCAUACCUCAAGGACCGCUGGUGCGUGUUUGAUGGCUUCAUGGUGCUCUUCCUGUGGGUGUCGCUCGUCCUGCAGGUGUUUGAGAUCGCAGGCACGGUCCAUGAUCGCUCCCCGUUACGAAUGCUGAGAAUUCCCCGGCCUCUCAUCAUGAUCCGCUCGUUCCGCGUCUACUUCCGCUUCGAGCUACCACGGACUCGCAUCACCAACAUCCUCAAGCGCUCGGGCGAACAGAUCUGGAGCGUGUCCAUCUUCUUACUCUUCUUCCUGCUCCUCUACGGCAUCCUGGGGGUGCAGAUGUUUGGAACGUUCAGCCACCACUGCGUGACCAACGACACGGAGCCCGGAGCGGUAUCGUGGAACAACCUGGCGAUCCCGGACACGCACUGCUCCCCCAGCGGGCAAGGCUUCUCGUGCCCGCUGGGAUUCCGCUGUGUGGAUCUUCUGGACAUGGGACUCAGUCGCCAAGAGCUGGGAUACAGCGGCUUCAACGAAAUCGGCACCAGCAUCUUCACGGUGUACGAGGCGGCAUCGCAGGAGGGGUGGGUCUUCCUCAUGUACCGCGCCAUCGACAGCUUCCCCGGCUGGCGAGCUUACUUCUACUUCAUCACCCUCAUCUUCUUCCUCGCCUGGCUCGUCAAGAACGUCUUCAUCGCGGUGAUUAUCGAGACUUUUGCCGAGAUCCGAGUCCAGUUUCAGCAGAUGUGGGGAUCACGUGGUAACACGACCUCCACGGCGACCACGCAGGUCUUUCAUGAAGGGAGUGGUGGUGGCAGUGGUGGUGGUGGUGGUGGCGGUGGUGGUGGCGGUGGUGGUGGUGGUGGCUGGCAGCUCGUGACUGUGGACGUCAGCAAACCACGUGGCUGGGCACCCUCCUGCCUGCAGACCCUGAUCCAGGCCACUGCUUUCCACAUGUCCAUCUUGAGCCUCGUGGCCGUGGACGUGGUGAUGGCCGCCAGCAACCACAGCGCCUCGCCAGAAGCCUCGCUCGGUGUGGACGUCUUCCACGUUGCUGAGGUGGUGUUCACGGUUCUCUUCGACCUGGAGGCUCUGCUCAAGAUUUGGUGUCUGGGCUUCAGGGGCUACAUCUCCUCUUCGCUUCACAAGUUCGAGCUGCUGCUGGUGGUGGGGACGACGCUGCACAUCAUCCCCAACCUCUACCACUCGCAGCUCACCUACUUCCAGGUGCUCCGCGUGGUCCGCCUCAUCAAGAUCUCCCCGGCUCUGGAGGACUUCGUCUACAAGAUCUUCGGGCCCGGCCGUAAGCUCGGCAGCCUGGUGAUCUUCACCGCCAGCCUGCUGGUGGUCAUGUCGGCUGUCAGCCUGCAGAUGUUCUGCUUCGUCGCUGACCUGGACCGCUUCACCACCUUCCCCCGGGCCUUCAUGUCCAUGUUCCAGAUCCUGACGCAGGAGGGCUGGGUGGACGUUAUGGACCAGACCAUGCAGGCCGUGGGCCACGUGUGGGCUCCAGUCGUCGCUGUCUAUUUCAUCGUCUACCACCUCUUCGCUACCCUUAUCCUGCUCAGUCUGUUCGUUGCCGUCAUCCUGGACAACCUGGAGCUCGAUGAAAACCUCAAGAAACUCAAACAGCUGAAACAGAGCGAGGCGAACGCCGACACGAAGGAGAAGCUGCCGCUGCGUCUCCGCAUCUUCGAGAGGUUCCCCAACAAGCCCCAGAUGGUGAAGAUCUCCAAACUGCCCUCACUCUUCUCCGUGCCCAAGAUACGGGAGAGCUUCAUGCGCCAGUUCCUGGACCGUCAGCAGCAGGGCGCCGUCUGCCUCCUCCUGCUGCGCCGACUCCCCUCCGCCUCCUCCUCCUCCUCCUGCACGGGGGGCGGCGGGGAGGGGGGAGGAGGGGGAGGGGGCGGUGGGAAACGCGGCACGAGCAGCCCACAGCAGCAGCAGCACGCCCACAUGUGUCACAAGCUGCAGGGCGGAGUGUCCAGCAUGCGACCACGCCACCUGUGUGAGAAGGAGGGGAGCGUGCAGAAGAUACUCAGGGCGUGUAUCCGCCAGCGCGUGAUGAGCGGCUCCCUGGACGGGCAGCCACCCAAGGAGCGCUCCAUCCUGGGGGUGCAGCACCACAUCCGGCAGGAGCGCCGGUCUCUCCGCCACGGCUCAAACAGCCAGAGGAUCAACCAUGGCAAGUCCAUGGAGAGUCUCCCCCAUGACCACGCGACGGCGAUCCGCUACCGGAACUCUCAGAAGGAGGACAGCGAGAUCAAGAUGAUCCAGGAGAAGAAGGAGCAGGCAGAGCUGAAACGCAAAGUGCAGGAGGAGGAACUGCGUGAGAACCAUCCGUACUUCGACACGCCGCUCUUCCUGGUAGGACGAGAGCAUCGCUUCCGCAAGAUCUGCAGAGUGGUGGUGCGGGCGCGCUUCAACCUGCUAACAACCGACCCGGUCACAGGAGCGGUUAAGCACACGCGCUACCACCAGCUGUAUGAGCUCAUGGGCCUGGUGACGUACCUGGACUGGGUGAUGAUCGUGGUCACCAUCACCUCCUGCGUCUCCAUCAUGUUCGAGUCUCCCUACCUCCUCGUCAUGAGGUCUCCCAUGCUGCAGGUGACCGAGUACAUCUUCGUGAUCUUCAUGAGCGUGGAGCUGCUGCUGAAGAUCCUGGCGGACGGCCUCUUCUUCACGCCCACGGCCAUCAUCAAGGACUUCGGCGGGGUCAUGGACAUCUUCAUCUACCUGGUUAGCCUCAUCUUCCUGUGCUGGCUUCCGCGCUCGGUGGCGCCCAGCUCGGGCGUGCAGCUGCUGCUGGUGCUGCGCUGCCUCCGACCCCUGCGCAUCUUCAAGCUCGUGCCGCAGAUGAGGAAGGUGGUGAGGGAGGUGUUCAGCGGGUUCAAGGAGAUCUUCCUGGUCUCCAUCCUCCUGCUCACCCUCAUGUUCGUUUUCGCGAGCUUCGGGGUUCAGCUGUUUGCGGGGAAACUCGCAAAGUGCAACGACCCCCACGUCGUGCUCGAGGAGGAGUGUGUGGGAAUCUUCAGGAUCAAUGUGAGCGUCUCCAAGACGCUGAACCUCAAACUGCGUCCCGGCGAGAAGAAACCGGGCUUCUGGGUCCCCAGGGUCUGGGCUAACCCACGCAACUUCAACUUCGACAACGUGGGGAGCGCCAUGCUCACUCUCUUCGAGGUGCUGUCACUCAAGGGCUGGGUGGAGGUGCGCGACGUCAUCAUCCAGCGCGUGGGGCCGAUGCACGGUAUCUACAUCCACGUCUUCGUCUUCUUAGGCUGCAUGAUCGGCCUCACGCUCUUCGUCGGCGUCGUCAUCGCCAACUUCAACGAGAACAAAGGCACGGCGCUGCUGACUGUGGACCAGCGCCGCUGGGAGGACCUCAAGAGCCGCCUGAAGAUCGCCCAGCCCCUGCACCUCCCUCCACGGCCAGACGGCGAGGGGCUGCGUGCCAAAAUGUACGACAUCACUCAGCACCCCUUCUUCAAGCGCAGCAUCGCACUACUCGUUAUGGCCCAGUCGCUGCUGCUCUCUGUCAAGUGGGUUGUGGACCAACCCCCCACCGUGCCGCUGGCCACCGUCUCCGUGAUCUUCACCUUUGUCUUCAUGCUCGAGGUGACUAUGAAGUGCAUCGCGAUGUCGCCCGGCGGCUACUGGCAGAGCCGUCGCAACCGCUACGACCUGCUGGUCACCUGCCUGGGCAUCAUCUGGGUUAUACUUCACCUUUCCCUGCAGAACGAGUACACGUACAUGAUGGGCGCCUGCAUCAUCGUCUUCCGCUUCUUCUCCAUCUGUGGAAAGCACGCCACCCUCAAGAUGCUUCUGCUCACCGUGGUGGUCAGCAUGUACAAGAGCUUCUUCAUCAUCGUGGGCAUGUUCCUGCUGCUGCUCUGCUACGCCUUCGCCGGUGUCGUCCUCUUCGGAACUGUGAAGUAUGGCGAGAACAUCAACCGGCACGCCAACUUCUCCACGGCUGGCAAGGCCAUCACGGUGCUGUUCCGCAUCGUCACGGGCGAGGACUGGAACAAAAUCAUGCACGAUUGCAUGGUGCUGCCCCCGUUCUGCACGCCCAGCCGCGUGAACUACUGGGAGACGGACUGCGGGAACUACGCAGGGGCGCUGCUCUACUUCUGCUCCUUCUACGUCAUCAUCGCCUACAUCAUGCUCAACCUCCUCGUCGCCAUCAUCGUGGAGAACUUCUCGCUCUUCUACUCGACGGAGGAGGAUCAGCUGCUCAGCUACAACGACCUCCGGCACUUCCAGAUCACCUGGAACAUGGUGGACGACAAGAGAGAGGGACUGAUCCCCACCUCCAGGGUCAAGUUCCUGCUCCGUCUCCUCAAGGGCCGCCUGGAGGUGGAUCUGGAGAAGGACAAACUCCUUUUCAAGCACAUGUGCUACGAGAUGGACAAGCUGCACAAUGGCAGCGCCGUCACCUUCCACGACGUGCUCAGCAUGCUGUCGUACCGAUCGGGGGACAUCCGCAAGAGCCUGCAGCUGGAGGAGCUGCUGAUCCGCGAGCAGCUGGAGUACAGCAUCGAGGAGGAGGUAGCCAAGCAGACGAUCCGCAUGUGGCUCAAGAAGUGCCUCAAGAGAAUACGCGCCAAGCAGCAGCAGUCGUGCAGCAUCAUCCACUCGCUGCGCGAGAGCCAGCAGCAGGAGCUGACGCGACUGCUCAGCCCCCCGCUCAUUGAGAUGUCAGCCGGAGAGCUGCAGGCUGCCUCGGACUCCAUCGCUGAAGAGCGCGAGAUGCUGAGCCCCACGCUACUGGAGCGGAGUCCGUACCGCCGCGAGGCGAGCGACGUGGGGAAGCCGCGCAGGAAGCUGGGGCAGUGGCGGUUGCCCGGGGCCGCCGGCUCGGCAACCAGCAGCACCGCACGCACAGAGUCACUGGACAGCAGCUGGAGGCCCGCGUCGAGGCCCACCAGCCCCACCGUGUCGGCCGGUGGCACCGCCUCCCGUGGCGCCGCCGCCGGUGCCGCCGGCGCCGCCGCCCGUCCAGCGGCGUCGUCGCGACUCUCGGGGGGGGGCGGGCCCGGGGGCCCCCCCAGGACACCCGGGGCUACCGGCGCUGGCGCCGAGGUGAAGCGUUGGUGGACUCGACAGCUCACCGUGGAGAGUGACCAGAGCGGGGAGGACGACCCCAGCCCCCGCUAGCCCCUCCCCCCUCUCCUCCCCUACUAGCCCCCACCCACUCGUCCCCCACUUAGCCCCC